GUUUGGAGUUUCCGUGAGGUCUGUGAAUGUAGCAUCAGUUUCCAGGGAGUGGCCCACGCACCUGUCCGACCUGUUUGGGGGACACAUGAUUCCAGAGGAAUUUCCCCCGCUGUUCACGUUCUUUGUUUCACAGAGACAUUUUAGUGGGAGAGAGAGGGUGAGAGGCAGAGGAGAAGGGGGCAGACAGAGAGAAGAGAGAUGUCGGAACCAGCCACUAAUCCCGCCGCCACCUCCUUCCCAGUGCCAACUAUUUCUCUACCUUUAGGUCUGGAAGUAUUGAGGACUUACUCUGGAGCCCUUGUCUGUUUAGAAAUCUUAUUUGGUGGCUUAGUAUGGAUCCUUGUGGCUUCCUCCAAUGUGCCCGUACCUCUGCUGCAGGGCUGGGUGAUGUUUGUCUCCGUUACCACCUUCUUCCUCUCUUCCGCCUACCUCGCGCUCCUCAUCACCGGCCUGGCUGACCGCAUCAAUACUGAUUGGAACUUCUUGGAUGUGACGUACCAUUUCUUAGCUUUGCUUUUCUACUUUACUGCCUUCGUGUUGGAGGCGGCAACUACAGCAGCGAAUGGAGGAGUCUCCAUCAAGCCAAUGCUUAACAACUCUGACACUCUCUUGCAUAUAACCAACCCGUGGGGCAAUAUAGUCACCAACCUGACAGGCAAUAAGUACAGUAUUAAUGUGGCAGCCACGAUAUUUGCAUUUAUCGUGACAUUAUUCUACGGCUGCAGUAUGGUGAUGGGCUUCAGAAGGUGGCGGAAAGCAACAUAAACUAAUUUUACAGAGGCUUCAUAACUUCAGCAUGUAUUAAAACACCUCAACAUUGUCCAUAGAGAACAGUGCUGUUCAGCUCAGUUCACUGCAAACCUGAUAAUUUCCUUAUGGAAAACUCUCUGUUAGCAAACAUCAAGGAUACCGUGGAAAAGUGUAGAUGACAAUAUUUUUGCAUCAGUCAAAACAUCUGUCAAGGGCUCUGGACAAUAAUAUUUGUACAGCUAUUUGUACAUUUGUCUAUUGAGACAUUGAAAGGACUGGUUUCAAGUAGACUUAGGGUGGGCUCUAAAGGAUAGCAGUUGUCUAGUCAGUACCAUAUGAAUUUGAUUCCUCGGCUGCUUACCAACAAUUUCACUGUUCAGCUUAUUCAUUCAUUUGGGAAUUUUGGUAAAGUUGUGCAUUUUUUGAGGCUAUGCAGGGCCGUUUGGUACGAUGUAACUAAUGCUUCUGACAGGUUUUGUUUUCCCUCCCACUUUGUUCUUCAUACAGUUUGGUUUUCCUAAGUCACAUCCUCACAGGAGGACAUAUUUCCAGUUUUCAAAACAAGCUUGUGUUUGCUGCUAAUACCGUGUGUUAUGCAUAACAGAACAUUAAUGUUUGAUUGAAUUGUUUUACUGUUCUCCAGUAACCUUGAUGCUGAACAGCUGUAAACUCACCCUAGAUUUAACAUGACAUUUUUAUGGUGCCAUUAUUUAUAUGUCGAUAUUUGAAUUUCAAAUUUCUUAUUAUGAUCAUUGUGUUAAAGUUUGCAUGUGCUGUCUUAGGUGGCUAGCUCCACUGAUUUACUAAUAAAUAUAACUUGACUAAGGGCUAAUUUAAAUUAAUUUGUCAUUCUGCCGAGUUACUGUAAUUUACUCUGUCAAAAAAAAAACACUUUUGUCUUUUAAGUAUAUGUGUUUAAAGUAAUGUCUGACCAUUAUCAUACAGUAACUGUUGAUGCAUCAUUAAAUUGUCCAAAUCAAUAACUGUUUUUCUUACAACAUGAUUUAUUUGUUGUAUUUAUUGUAUGUUUUUUGUAUUAGAAGUGUUGGUAUUAAAAUAGUUUAAAUGAACACUGGUUGAUUUUGGCACCUGCUGUUGUUGACAUUUUAAACUACAGAAAUAAAGCAUCUGAAGGGGGGAAAAAAGGUGUUUGUGUCAUUACAGGGAUGCGUUGUUGUCCAUCAAAGAGCCUUUUUGAUGUCACCCCUAUGAGCUGCCAAAGUCAAAACAUUUCAAAUCCUACACAUAGAGGCUUUAAGAAAGCAAAACACUGCAAGUGUACAGUGAUAUACUAGACUGUAAUUGUGUCACAGGCAGCAGCACUUCUUGCAGCUGCUUCCAUAGCAGUCAUCUGGAUCUAUUUCACCUGUUUCCAACUUGCACUUCAGUACAGAAAACAUUUGUUGCUUGUGUAUCGAAUCAAUUUUGUAACAAGAAUGGAGUUAGCAUAUUCCUAUGAAUAUUGCCAUAUUUUCUAUUCACUGAGAUACUUUGCAUAAACAUUAUUUUAUCUUCAGGGU